UCUGCAUUAAUUGGCCCAUUUCCCCAUUUUACUCUGGUUCACUCUAAUUUAAAUCUGCACCUGUUCAUCGUAAUGGCCGGUUAGACUGGCGAUACAUUUUCAGGUUACCCCAUCCUCAACGUUUAUGUCAAUUUUGUUUAGAGCAGACAAAAGCCCUGCAAAUUCUCAUGUUGGAUUUUAUUCCGGCGAGGGUAAAUGGGGAUGCAUGUAGAUACAGUUCUUCCAUUAGGUGGCACGGUCUUGAUUAGCCGUUAUUACAUCCCUUGGCAUUUACUAUUCCGACUUUUCGUUUUCGUAUUCUCCAAAUCUGACGAACUACUUAACCGCUUCACUAGUUCUCUUGGCAAAGAACAAAUAAAAUUCUUAUCCGGGAUCGAAAAAUGCCUACCCGCCUUUUAAUUUCACCAGCAUUCAUCAUUCUUCCUUCACUGUUGAUUCAGUCUUUUGGCCUAGAAUACAUUGUGGGAGACUCCUUUUGGUCCAUCCCCACAACCAAUGACUUCUAUACUAACUGGUCUUCUUCCCACUUUUUCCAGACAGGAGACACUCUCUAUUUUGACUUUGAUUCAGGGCUUCAUAAUGUGAUGGAAGUGUCAAGAAGAGAGUACGAGAGUUGCAGUGCAGACAAUCCCUUUAAGGUUUUCUGGGAUGGCCCGGCAAGGGUUGCAUUGAUGGAGGAAGGUGUGUUUUAUUUCGUAUGCAGUAUUGCAAAUUAUUGUGCAUUAGGCCAAAAGCUUAGUGUUGCCGUCCAUAGUGAGAAAAAUUCCCCACAUUCUGCGCCAACUUCAUCUCAAAGACCGCCAAAGUCUUCCCAGCCUUCACCGGAUGCAUCUAAAAUGCCACCACCUGCUAUGACACCAUAUUCAUCUCAGGCGCCUACGAGUAUGACGGAUUUGUCUGUCUCAUUAGUCACGGUGAAAAGUGCUGGCGAUCAAUGUUGCAAUGAUGCAGUCUGUUUGGGCUGGCUUUCUUUGUUUGGCUUACUUUUUCAUUUUAUCUGA